AUGAGCGACGACGAUAGCGACGGGGAGACCGAGGCGGCCCGGCGGCUCGCGUUGCCCCGCGAGCAGGCGCUCGAGUCGGCAGCGCACGAGUUCUUCUCCUCGUCGUUGCUCGCGCCCGGCCUGCCACGGCACGUCGACAGCCCCGGGGGUGUCCGCGCGGUGCUCAGAUCCGAGCUCAUGUCCACGCUGGACGAGCACGUUCGCUCGCUCGGCCCGCCGCACACGCUCGUGCUGACGGGCGUCGAGGGUUGCGGCAAGUCAACAGCGCUGGCGCAGCUCUGCGAGCGCGUGGAGACGAUGGAGCGAAGGUGGGAGGAGCGGAGGCGCGGGGGCGCGCUCGACCCGAGCGAGGCUCCCCCGUUCAUCCUGAAGCACUCCUUCGCGGACCCGAGCUUCCCGCGCGACGUCUCGCACUUCCUCGAGCGCGCGUGCCUCGCCCUCAGGCGACGCUUCAACAUCCGCGAGCCCAUCCCGGCGGACCCGGCGGACCUCCCCGAGGCGUUCGCCGCGUUCCUCGAGCACGCGGCGCUGUUCCGCCGCGUCCUCGUCAUCGUCGACGCCGCGGAGAGUAUCGCGGUGUCGCCCUACGCGUCCUUCCCCGCCGCCGCCAUCGCGGGUUUGGACCCUCGCGACGGGCACGCCUUGCCCGAGCUUUUAACGCUGAGGGGCGACGGGCGCGACGCGACGGCCGACUCGGACGCUCCGCCGUUCGACGUCGCCGACUCGAGCGCGCACUUCGCGUGGAUCCCGAACUCCCCGCCCCUCGCGGUCCGGUUCAUCGUCUCCGGGCGGGACUCCCACGACUCUUUCGACUCCUUGAAGGGGGCGCCGGAGGUGGAGGGGGCGCCGGGAAAAGAGUGGGCGCCGGGGGGGGUCGUCCAGGGGGUGCUUCGAGCGGUUGGCGCCGCGUCGGCUCGAGUGUAUCCGACGCCGCCGCUCACGACGGAGGAGACGGGCGCUAUGCUCGCCAUGUUUUCCCCGCGCCACCCCGGUUCGACGCCCCGGGACUCGCACCACAGGGGUAAGGAGAUAUCGGAGGUUGUGAACGCCGUUUGGCCCCACGGCGCGACGCCACUCUGGGUGAGAACCGCGGCUGGUCGGAUAUGCGCGACGGUGGAGGAGACAACGCACGGCGCGUGGGUAUCGACCGGCGCCGGAGUGGGCCCGGUGGACGAGUGGGGGAACGCGGGCGAGAAGGACGAGUGGGGGAACCCCGUCGAGGCGCCCGUACGGAACGACCCGAACGACGCCGGGCACGACGAGGCGCUCGAGUGUCCGAGGACCGUCGCGAGUGCGGUUCACGACAUGCCGGGUACCGCUCGGGGAUUGUUUUGGGAGGCGUUGGACGCGAUGGAGACGCGGCACGGCGAGCACGCCGUCGCCGCCACGUGCGUGGCGCUCUCUGUUGCCAGGUUCGGCGUCACCCGAUAUGAGUUGCGCGGCGCAUUGCGGUGCAGGUUUGAACGCGAGCGGGUCCGCGUUCGUUUCGGCCCCGGCGGCGCGAAGGGCGCGAACGAGUCGCUUCGAAAGCUCGACGACGGGAGACUCGACGCGGUCGUGGACGACCUCGCGCCGUGGCUCGCGCCGUGGUGCGCGAAGGAGGCGUGGCACGCGGAGCUCGAGACGUUCGAGGGGGAUCGGUUGGGGGCGUCGAGGGAGGAGUCGGAGGCUCGGGCGGCUCGACACGAGCGAGAGUCGCGGCGGCGGAGGACGCUGAGCGGACCGGGCGGACCGACGUAUAAACCCGACGACUGGUACGCCGCCGAGCUACCGAUGCGGUUCAGGGACGACGCGUACAGGGCGGCGGCGCUGGAGAGGUACGCCCCGCCGCGCUCGGCUUCCCUCAGGGAGGAGUUCCACGCCGACCUGGCGGCUUAUUUUCUGGACGUCGCCGCCGGGUCGGGAUCCAGGGCGCUUCGCGCCGACACGAGACGAGCGCUCCGAGCGGGUCUCUGGCACGCCGCCGCGGGUCGCGACGUGAAUUCCGUGGCGGAUGUGUUGGGGAGGCGGGGCGUGAUGGCGUGCCUGUCGCGGCCCGGCGCGAGAUCCGACGUGAGGGCCGUCUGCUGCGGCGAGGUGCCGCUCGAGCUGUGGGGGGCGUGGCGCGAUCGAAUGGCGACGUGGAUGAGCGCCGACGACGACGACGCGCCCGGAGACGUCGCCGGCGCCGGGUUGACGAUCGCCGGUUUGCUCCGAUGGAUCGGCGUCCCGACGCUCGCGGCGGAGAUUAUCGAUCGCGUCCGGUCAUCGUUCGGACCCCCGCGAGGUAGGUCGCCGCUCUCAAUCGCCCUCGCGGUGGCGCACGCGCGUCUCACGCUGGUCGGCGCCGGUGACGUUCGAUUCGCCGAGUCCGAAGCGGGCCGGGCGCGCGCCGCCGCCGACCUGAGCGUCGCGGCGAGGGACGCCGGAAGAGAUCCCGGAAGAAAUCCGGAAGAAAUCCGGGUCGACGGGGACGGCGACGACGGAAGGGGGGACGAGUCCGACGCGGGUGCCCAAGGGACGAUACCGCGCCCGUGGCUCGACGCGCUCGAACCGUGCGGCGGGUUCGCGGCGGCUAUCGCGUUCCCCGACUCGCUCUACGCCGAGGCGGCGGCGGUCGUCGCCGAGAUCGCGGUGGCGAGGGCGGACUCGAUCGUCCAGGCGACGCGUGGCGACGCGGCGGCGAGGGCGGCGGAUGACGCGCUCCGAUGCGUCGGUUUGGAAACCGACGCGUGGCUCCGUGCGGCGAGAGAACGCGCCCCGCCCGCCGUCGUCGACGCCGUGUCCGACGCCUUGUCCGACGGCGGAAACGUCGACGACCUCGGCGUCGGCGCGAGGGAGGACCCGGGAGACGACGUCCUCGGCCUCGUUCGAUCGUUGCGCCGUCAGCGGGGGGCGUGCGUUCGGUUCUCCCGCCACGUCGACGCGGGCGUCGUCGCGGGCCGGCUCAUCUCCGUGCUCACCGCGGCGCUCGGCGCGAAUCACCCGCAGUGCGGCGCCGCCAAGCUCGAGGCUGCGGAAUCGGCCGCGGCGGCGGCGGAGUCCUCGGCGUCGGUGCCGGGAUACGACGAGGCGUCCGCGUGGGCUCGACCCGCGUACGACUUCGCCGCCGCGUUCUACGGAUCGCAGUCCUUACCCGCGGCUCGCGCCGCGUGGUGCGUCGCGGAGGCGCUUCGCCGAGCCGACGGCGCCGCCGCCGCGAGGCCAAUGUACGCGCAGGCGCUGGGCGCCACCGCCAGCGUGCUGGGUAAAGCGCACAGGGGCGUCGGCGCCAUGCUUUCGGAGACGGCCGAGCUAUCGCGGCUCGAGCGGCGUCUGGAGGAGGCGGACGCUCUGGCGCGGGAGGGACUGGACAUCGCGAGCGGCGAGCUUGCGGCGGCGAGGCGGGGUUUGGAGGAGGCGGACGCCGCGGCGGCGCGAGCGAUGCAGCGCAGGGAGGUUACUAUCGGGGAGCACGGGGUCGAUUACCUCCCGAGCGAGUUGCUCGUCGCCAUGGACCACGGGAGGGAACUGGCGAGGGCGCGCGCGGCGGACGCCGAGGCUGAGUACGCCGAGCGCGCCACACAGGUCGCCAGGGUGAUUCACGCGAUGGGACGCCUGCCCGACGCGGAAUCUUUCCUGCGCCGGGCGCUCUUCGCGGGUGAAAAGGCGUUUGGGCCGGCGAACCCGUCGCUCGCCGCGACGCUCGCCGCGCUCGGACGGUGCGCGCUCGCGAGACGUCGACCGGAGGAGGCGGAGGCGUGCUUUCGUCACGCCCUCGGGGUGGACGAGCGAGCGGCGAUGCUCACGGCGGCGACGGCGGCGGGUAUAGCGGCGACGGGUAUAGCGGCGGCGGGUAUAGCUCCGGUUCGAGGGUUCCGACACCCGAGGUCGGCGGCUCACCUCGUCCACAUCGCCGCGCAGCACCGUUCAGGCGGGAGGGCGUCGCGCGCGGAGGUGUACUUUCACGCCGCGCUGGAAGCGCUCGAAACGUGCGACGGCUCGCUGCCCUUACCCCUCGCGGAUGGUUUCGAGGAGUCAGUCGCCGACGACCAGACGUUGGCGCCCGCGCCGGACCCCGGCUCCAUUCUCAACGUCCUCGCCAUGAUGUACAAGGAUCAGGGCAGGAUGGCCGAAGCUGCCGUGCGUUACGAGCGGUCCAUCGCCCUGGGCGCGGUGGCGAUGCGCGCGGCUACCCGCGCGGGUGACAGGCGCGCGUGGCGAGUCGCCGCAUCCGCGGUUUCGCUUCGGCUUUGCAACCUCGGCGCGCUUCGAGCGAGGCAGAACCGCUCGGGCGACGCCGCGGCGUGUUUCCACCGCGCCGCGACGUUCGCGAAGAAUAACCUCGGCGAUGCGCAUCCGCAGACGGCGCUGUGCCGCGCGUGGCUUUCUUCUGUCGGCGGCGAGGAUGCCGCGGACGCGGGGGUGGGUAAGGCGGCGGGCGUCAUGCUCGACGCCGUAGUCGCGGGUGACUUUCCGCAGCUGGCGAGGCCCUUCGCCACGGCGUGGGGCGCGCUGGCGAGCGAGGAGACCGCGGUGAAGCGAGCCGCGGCAGAUAAGAUGGUCAAGGACAUCGAGGCGUCCAAGCCGUUUCCGAUGGAGACCUCGUCGGGUCCCGCCUCGAGGCCCGCGACGGCGCGAAGCCGCCCGGCGACGGCCUCAAAGCCGGCCGCCGCGCUCGCCCUCGAACCGAUCGCAUCGGCCGAUCCCCCCCCGCCGCCCGAGGUUUACCGCGCUCUCGAUAGGUACAGACAGGUCGAUGAGGCCAAGCGCGCGUGGAGUGCGUGGGCGCACGACGUGGAACGCGCGGGCGGGGGCGAUACCCUCGCGGACCUUUUCGAUGGCUUGGAGGUUGACGAUUGCCUCGCGUCCGUCGUUGACGAUGUAGCCGCGAUUGCCCGAACGUCACUCAUCGAGCCCAGAAACAUCGUGCCCACCAGCCACAUGUUCGUGGACGGCGCGACGAAGGCGUUCAGGGCCGCCGCCGCGGCGAGGAUAAAGGCUGGUCUCGCGGGCCGCGUCGGCGACGGCUGGGCCGCGCACGGGGACGGCGGCGACGGGCGGAUUUUGUCUGACGUUCUCUCCGCCGCGUCGAGGGGCGAGCCCAUCGCGUUGCCCCCGCCGCCCCCGGUCGAGCAGCCUCUGAGCGGCGAUCGGGACGGCGCGAAGGAGGGCGCCGCGGAGCACGCGCGUCGCCUGGCUAUCGAACGCGCCGAGCUCGACGCGGCCGCGUCCCUUCCCGGUUCCGUCCGGGCCAAGGCGGAGAUUGAGGAUUUCGAGAUGGCGGAGGAGCGUCGACGAGCAAACGCGGAACCCCUCACGAACUACGCGCUCAGGGAGCUCGACAGGGACGACGACGACCACGUGUUCGAGGACUAUUACCGCCAGAAGCUGGGCGUGCGUCUGAUGGAGAGUGAGGAACGCGCGGCGUGGCAGAAGAAGGUUGACGAGAUUGAGAGUCGACGCGCGAUGGAGAUUUUCGACGCGCAGACUGACCCAGCCAAACUCAAAAAGAUUCUCGCGCGGGAACGCGACCCGCACCUCCCCGAGCUCAUCGCCGAUAAGAUUCGCAAUGGACUGGAGGAUCCGGGCGGCCGCGGUCACGACUUUUGGGUCCCCGGCGAGUUUGAAAAAGCCGCGAGGGAGCAGGACGACAUCCGCGCGAUGAUGAAGGCGGCGCGGGAGGAGCGCGACGCGAUCAAGCGAGAGCUUCUCGAGCUCGAGGCUGAAUCGCUCUCGCGGGCCGCGUCCAGGGCGCAGUCGCGGCACCAGUCGAGGCUCGCGACCCCCGCAAAGACGAAGCACGGCGACCGCCGCCGCGAGCAUCGCGACCGAGACGAGUCCAGGGACAGACGCGACGAGAACGACGAGGAGCGAGAACGAAGAAGGCGGAGGAAAGAGGCAAAGCGAAGCAAGGCGAACUCCCGCGCGCACUCGCGGCGGGAAUCCACCAGGACCACCCCGCACAAGCGCCCAACAUCCGACCCGUACGCGUCCGACGACGGCGAGAGGCGCCAUCGACGCUCGCACAGGUCCUCCAAGCACGUCACGCCGAAGAAGAAAACCGCCAGGGCUUCGCUCAAAUUCGGCCAACGGUUCGAGGAGGAGGAUCGACGAGCCGCCGCCGCGAAGGCUACCGCCGCCGCGAGGGACCUCGCCGCUCAGGCUGCCGAACGGUUCGAUCGCGCGCACGCCGCGAUGGUGGCCGCGUCGGACGCCGCGCUAGAGGCGAGGAUACGCGCGGCCACCGCGUCACCGAUGAAGCCGCAGCCAAUAUACGCGAGGCCGAGCUCCGCGUCGAGAUCUGUCCGCGAUAAACUGGCCGCGUUUCGCUCAAGAAGGCAAAACAGGCCCGCGUCCGCGUCCGCUAACCCCGUCGAGUCGCAGCGACGGGAGGACAGGCUGAGGCGCGUGAAGCUAUACGGCGACGACGACAGCGUCGAGGUUGGAUCGGCUUUCGGCGCGGAUUACCAGGACAUCGACGACGUGGCUUACGACGGGGAGAACCGGUUUCCUCUGAAUUCCCGCGGCGGGUCGGUUCGCGCGUCGAUGGAAUCUCUCAAACCGGCGGGGAUGACGAACAUACCCGUCGCGGUACCGCUGUACCGAGGAGACAGUCGAGGCGGGUCCGUCCGCGCGUCGAUGGAAUCGCUUCCUCCGAGGCGGCCGAAUGUCGAAAAAGAUUUCGAAUUUCCCCGGAUGCUCGAGGAGGAGCGCGCGAGCGCCGGCGGCGGCAGGGCUCGACCGGCGUCAGCGCGGAUCGCGCGAGGCAUCGAAGACCUCGACGCAUCCGCGGCGCUUCACGCGGACCUGAACAACGCGAGGCGGAGGAACGCUUACGCGGCGGGGGCGGGCGCCCCCUUGCUCGAGCGGCCGUUUGUAUCCCGUUCGGUAAAUGUCCCGCCGGCGUCUUUCUCGUCUUUCACGGCGACGGGACGACCGUCCACGUCGAAUGUCCGCACGGGGGGACGCGGGGGGGAAAACAUGGACGACGAGUGGUACUGGAAGAUGAAGAAGCGCGUGGAACAGCGGCGCAAGGAACUGUUCUCCGCGCCGGCGCAAAAGUAG